AUGUCUAUCUAUCUACGUCUCGCGCGCCCUGUAUCACGGGCGACCCCUUCGUUCGUCAGUUCUGUCUCUAGUAGAUUCUCUACUACCAAUGGACGGAGGUCAAUUGGCUCCGUCAGUGCAAUUGAUUCGAGCAUAUUUCGUACUUUGUUCGGGACUGAUGAGAUUCGCAAGGUCUUCGAUGAUGAAGCAUACAUCCGCCGCUGUGUAGAUGCAGAAGCUGCAUUGGCUCGAGCGCAGUCUCAUUGUGGCGUGAUUCCAUCUGAAAUUGGGGCUCUGGUGACCCAGCGAGUACAAGAAUCAAACCUCGAUUUCGAGCGGCUGCGUCACGAAACUGAAAUUGUCGGCUACCCAAUUCUACCGCUCGUCCGUCAGCUAUCGGAUAUAUGUGGCGAGGAGGCUGGCAAGUAUGUGCACUGGGGUGCCACGACGCAGGACAUCAUGGACCUGGCCAGCGUGCUACAAAUGAAAGAAGGCUUGGACAUUGUCGAGAGACUUUUGAAGGACGUUAUCAAAUCUCUGCGCGAACUAUCGGAGAAGUACAAGGAUACCCCUAUGGCAGGGCGAACACACUUGCAGCAUGCGCUACCCGUGACCUUUGGAUACAAAUGCGCUGUGUGGCUUUCUGGUUUUAAGCGACACCUGGAGAGACUGGAACAGCUUCGAGAUCGGACUUUGAUGGUGCAGUUCGGCGGUGCGGCAGGCUCGCUUGCAUCUCUAGGAAAUGGCGACGAUGGCCUUCGCGUACGCAAAGCAUUGGCAAAAGAGCUUGAUCUGACCGAUCCUUCGAUUACUUGGCAUGUAGCACGCGACGGUGUGGCUGAGAUUACCAAUUUCCUUGCCCUAGUGGGUGGUUCUAUGGGAAAGCUAGCCCUGGAUAUCAUUAUCAUGUCCUCGAAUGAGCUUAGUGAAGUGGCUGAACCUUUCGUGCCACAUAGAGGAGCAUCGUCAACCAUGCCUCAAAAGCGCAAUCCGAUUUCUAGCGAAGUUAUUCUGGCCGCGUCUAAGGUUCUUCGCUCAAACGCGGGUCUUGUUCUUGAUGGGAUGGUGGCUGACUUUGAACGUGCCUCGGGUCCUUGGCACUUGGAAUGGGUCGCUGUACCAGAGAGCUUUGUUCUCGCUGUUGGAGCCUUGUCUCAAACACAUUUUGCACUUUCUGGACUUUCCGUCAAUAGCAAGCAGAUGCUGGAAAACCUCCACUCCACCAAGGGAUUAAUCGUGGCUGAGGCUGUCAUGAUGGGUAUGGCACCAUACGUGGGUCGCCAGAGGGCGCAUGAUAUUGUGUAUGAAGCCUGUCGGGAAAGCAUUGAGAAGGGAAGGACCUUGCUCGAAUGCCUUCUUGAGAAGGAAGAAGUUAUGGCCAAGAUGAACCAACAGCGUUUGAGUGAACUUUGUGACCCAGUGAACUACUUGGGCGCUUCAUCGCGGAUGGUGGAUGAUGUUCUGGCAAUUCAUUGA